GUCGCGAGGCCUCGCGCUGAUUGGUCGCCGGGUUCCGCCACAACAGAUGGACGUCUCGCGCUGGCUCUCCUCCAGUAGCCACGGAACGCACGUGCUCCACUGAUUGUUUCCAUCGUGAGGAGAAGGAGCGAGCUGAAGGAGCGCCGGAGGAGGAGAACAGGAGAGCCCGUAACCCCGUCUGUGGUCACUGCCAUCACACAGUCGCUGCUACGCCCCCUCAUGUUUUCUGAGAAUGAAUGACACACAGGACGGGGUUCAGAUUGGAGAGAACAAGUUCAUCAGCAAGGCAACAGUCCUCUCACAUCUUAAGACGUACAACCUCUACUAUGAAGGGCAGAAUCUACAGCUGCGGCACAGAGAAGAAGAGGGGGAGCUGAUCGUGGAGGGUUUGCUUAAUAUCUCCUGGGGCCUGCGACGGCCAAUCAGGCUUCAGAUGCAGGAUGACAAUGAGCGUAUCCGACCGCCCCCCUCCUCUACAUCCUGGCACUCUGGAUGUAAUCUGGACAGUCAAGGCUCCAACAGCACAGACAGUGCACAGACACAGCAGAACGUGCCCACUGUAACAGUAACGGCUCCUGAUAGCCAGUCGGAGGGCAACGGUAUAAACGAAGACCAGACAGAAGAGGACGAUGGUUCUGCUCAACUCCUCAGGACAAAGAGUGAUGCUGGCGUUUUAAGGCGAGGCCAACGGCGGUCACCCAGUGACCAGAGGAAGAUACGACGGCAUCGGUUCUCCAUCAACGGGCACUUCUACAACCAUAAGACAGCAGUGUUCACUCCUGCUUAUGGCUCAGUGACUAAUGUUCGUAUCAACAGCUGCAUGACGACGCCUCAGGUGCUGCGGGUUCUCCUCAACAAGUUUAAAAUAGAGAACAGUCCAGAUGAUUUCGCCCUCUACCUCGUCCAUGCAAGUGGAGAGCGUGUGAAGUUCCAGCGUAGUGACUAUCCUCUGGUUCUGAGAGUCAUGCAGGUCCAUGUGAGCAGGUCUGGCAAGGUUUUCCUCAUGGAAGAAGACUUGGGAGAAGAAGUCACAUAUGAUGUGGCACAAUACAUCAAAUUUGAGAUGCCUGUCCUGCAGAGUUUCAUCACAAAGCUGAAAGAAGAGGAGGACCGUGAGGUGCAAAAACUCAGGAGAAGGUAUAAUACCUACUAUGUGUAAUUGAGGAAGCAACUUCGCUGUCUUCCAGAGGGAGCGACGCGCAUGUGAUCAGCUUACACCACAUACAGUUGACUGUCAAACGUUAGAGUACUUUAUCCUUCUCCUCCAGUGGGAAGAAACUUCAAAUGGAGACCAAAAAUCAGCAAACAUGGAAUUUAUGAACUCGUCCUGUUACUCUGUUCCUGCCUCAGUCUUUCCCACAGUUCCUCCUCUGUCCUCAAACCUUCCAAACAAUCAGUCCUGCAGGCAAAACUGACAUUUAAUGUGAGGAUUGAAGCAAGCAAUAAAACUAUCAACUUUUUUUUCCCCUUCUCCCAUCACAAAUGUGAAGAGUGGCACAGAUAUUUUUCUCCAGAAUGAAUCAGAUAUGGUUUUGUUUUAAAGCACAAACAUGUUGCAUGCAAAGUGCCUGUCAAAAGGUUGAUCCAACAUACAAACUAUGACUGAAUAUUCCUGAAAAUAUACAUCUUAGAGGUUUCAUGGUGACAAGCACAAUGUGACAGUAGCCAGACAUGUAACAGUGAUUGAGGCCCAGGAAACGCCAUCACAGUCCCAUAAUGCACUUAGCAAAAUGGUGAGGAAACGUGAUGCCCAUUAAAGCUCUGAGAUGGUUUUCUUCUGAACAUCAACUUUUCUUCUUGUUUCAAGAAAUGUUAAUUUAAUAUGACUUGUCAGACUGCAGGGAUUAUGGAAAGCCAUGUGGGCAGAAAAUCUGUCAGCUGUACUUAUUGAAGGUCUGAUUCUAGAGAUGUGUGAAAUGAUGAAUGAUAAAAGCACAAAAUUUGCAGACACUGGUUGAUAUAAUUAAAAUUUAGAUAACAUGCCAAGCUCUCUCCACCCCCAAAAUGUUUUAAAAUUGGUAUAUUUGUGGGUGGAAUGGAUUAAACAUGUAAGAAAAUGACACUUCAUUGUGCAUGUAUGCUAUAUGAAGUGUCUUUUAUGUUUUCUUAUAUGGAAAUCCAGUCCUAGUGCAAUUAGAAUAAUAUUUGGGGGUGCAGCGAGAGGAGCCUGGCACUAUUUUAGUGUCUGUGCAAAUUUGAUGGUACAUAACCUACACAGUCAUAGUGAUAUUUUACAUGUGCCCCGCUAUUUCUGUUCAAACCUGAAAGUAAAAUAAUCAAACGGUUUCAGGAUGGAUUUUUAACAUUUUGCAGUUUUGACAGUUUUCAUGUUGACAUUUUGUCACACUUUGAAUCAUUUUUGGAAUAAAAAUCAAAACACCAUUCAUAAAAACUUUUUCCUCAGUACUGUGCAAAAAUCUAGCUAACUAAAAUGCCAUAAAAGUGAUGAAAUUCUUUAAAUAUCAAUUGCAUCAACUGAUCGAGUCCUUUGUUUUGUGGAAACUUGCAUCAGGUUGUAAACUUACAAACUAACAGCUUCUUUCUGCAAUAGGCUUAACAUUUGAUUUACUUCAACUAACAUUUGAAAACUUCUUUUUUUUUUUGCAUACUAUUUGGAAAAAAAAUAAUCACCUUAAUAGAAAGUGUGCUUAGACUUUUGCGCAAUACUGUAUUCCACCUUACUUAAAAAAAAAUCCACCUACGUUUGAAUGAAAAAGAACAAAAAUGAAAAUCUCACAUGACUGAAUUAAGCUGUUGAUGGAUGUUAAAUCUCACUGCACAUUUCUGGGUUUGGAAACAAACAGCACAAUAUUGUCCCUUUUCUUUUAUGAAAAGUGUGCUUGUGAUUCUGAGCGUGAGUGUGUUGUCUUUCAGUGACUAAAGUUUAUCUGCUUUUGUAAGGUCUCUUUUA